AUGCAAAAUCAGUUUGUUCCAGUGGCCAAAACUUCAGGCAACAGGAGGCGUGAGAAGGGCAAUAAAGUAAGACACAAUUGUCACCUCAAGUUGACCUACAAUACCACUGGUGAAGACAUCCGUAUGGGCGGCAGGAAAGGCGGAUUGUACUGGAGGGUUUUGAAGAAGGUAGAACUAAUGCUUGGAGGUCUCACCAGCACUCUAUUCAAAAGACCAGAAAUGUUAUCCGGUGAUCCUUCAAGUAAUAAAAUUUGGCAUAAGCUGCCUUCCUGGAAAGGUGUUUUAAAGUCUAGUGGACGGAGUAAGAAAUAUCGAAGGCAUCAAAUGGCUAUGGAGGACACAGAAAGGAGUGGAAACUAUUCCAUAGUUGCGUCCAAAACUAAUCAACAAAUGUCAAAUGUGGAACCGUACAACGAGAACGCGUGUGGAGGAGUAUAUAGACUUGAAAUUAACUACUCCAAUUCAUCACGAUAUGGAUGUAACAGAUCUUUUCCUGGCAUGCCUCAAAUUCAAGGAUCCAGUUCUGGACGUCCCGAUAACUGUGGCACAUGGGGUCAGGCUUACUCUGAUCCUAGUAGAAUAACUAACACUUGUGAUGAAUGUGGUUCAGGAUUGCAGAACUCAGUCAAGUGUCCAUCCAACUCUCCCAUGAAAUCCACAAUUGACCUUUCUAGGGAGACAGACAUUCGCAAGAUUGCAGCCUCGUGUGUUCGCAGAUACACAUUGGAGGAGUCGAAGGCGCUAGCAACAUCUCCACCCAUGUAUACGUCGGAUUUUUCCUCCUCCACACCAAAAUCAUGCGAGAACAUAAAACCUACUGCCUCCUGUCCCGGAGAACAACUGUCCUGCACCUCUAAGGUGCUAGGAAGGAAGGUUGAAGGACAAAGUGAAUAUUCACAAAAUCCCAUCCCAUCACCAAGUUGGGGAAAAAGUGUCUCCAAGAUGCGAUACAAUGAUCCCAUUUUGGGGGAUUCAGCCGAUGGUCAAUAUCGAAUGGGAUUACAAAGCUCUUCAUUGCAUCGAUCUGGUAAACUUCAAACUGAUAAACUUAUGCCAACUUCCAUGGAGACUUUUGAUGAUUCCAAAGAUUUGCCCAAUCUUGCCUACUCUCAAUCUCGUCCACCAACAAAUGAGUCAAGAAGUUGUACCAAUCGAAAAUCUGGUAGACAAAGUCCAUGCAGAAUUGCAAUAACAGGAUGUGAACGUCCUGUCGUGCAUUCCUAUGCUUCACCUGAAAUUAACCCAAAAGACAAAUUCAGUAAUGGACCAAGUGAAUAUGGGGUUAGUGAGGAUGUGAGUAAAUUAUCUUCAAGAUUUCUUACCAAACAUGAAGAUGGCAUUGGUUAUGAUGGUACCUCUCAACGAUUAACAGAGGAAAAAAUGAUGAACAGAGAUUUUUAUCAUCAAUCCUCAGGCUAUCCUAUGUCCUCUUCAUCCAAAUGGAACAACAUCCCAAGUCAAGAUGUUUCUCGUGAUUACCCACAGAGCACUCGUCCACAAGAAACACGCAACGAGGAUCAAGAAUCACAAUAUGGUGGUGAAAGUUAUCAAAAGAAUGCUGGAGGCUAUUCCCUCCAAGUUAAGUACACUGAAGUGGAAGAGGAAGAUCCACCAUUUCUACCAGAUGUAUCUGAUGAUGAUCGUUCUGAUGAACCUAAUCAAAUGCAAGUAAGAGAUCGAAGUCAUCAGUCGCCUAAUGAACCCCUGCGUAGACCGCCCUAUAAAACAUCGAGUAAUCCACAAUACACUAGUAGUAAGCAUUUGACCGAGACCUACGAUCCCAAUGACGGUGAAGUGGACUAUCAGAAUUAUGAAAACAUUAAUGGUGACAGUAGAGCGUAUCGUGAAGGUUAUUACAGCACCGAACCCAGAGUUCCCACAUUCCUUCAAGACGAGAUAAGCCAUGGAAGAGUUAGAUGUCAAAGACGUGCACCUGAAGAUGCCUCCCCCACAACGAUGCAGCGGAGUAAGCAAAAUCACUUCAUGGACAUUUCACGCAGUCCACCUCCACCACAUCGAUGCUUGGAGGACAUGGAACGCUCACCCACUAGGAUGGGAUGUACAAGAAAUUUCGAAUGUCCAAGAUGCAUGUCUCGAGCACACUCUGAAGAGUAUUCAACACAUUACCCAGUCUCCAAAAAGACAAGUGGACUUCGUCGAAAGCGCAGUCGCAAAAGAUGCGUUUCUCGACGCCAGGCUACACAGAAAUGCUCUGGAAGACCGCGAAAAGUAGUCAGGCUACCCCGCAGAGCAUCAAUGGAAUUAGAACGUCGAUAUGCUCCUCAGGUGCGCAGAAGUGAAUCUAGCCUGGCCUACGAGGCACCCAGAACCAAUAGAGGUACCACUACAAAACGACGCUAUUCACAGCCUGAGAGUCUCCGUGACGAUAACAUGUCAGGGGAGAAUAAGAAGUGUCUUUGUAGAGCACCAUCAUCGAGGUGUGUGGUGGUAAAUCCAUGCUAUCGUACUAAUCGUGCUGCUUUUUUGAGGAAAAAGUUCAAUGAAGAAAGAAUUGAUGAGGAAGGUGAACCCUGUUGUUGCGUAACCCUCUUCCGAUCCUCUCCAGUACGGGGGAACAAUCGUAGUCCACGCCACUUCGCUGAAUCAGUUGAAGAGAGGGAGGAAGGAUCCGUGGCUGACUACAUGAACGGGGAGAAGGGAGAGAGAGAGCCUUGCUAUGACCUCAAAGCUCCGAAUUCCAGAAACGGCUGUCAAUCUAAGGAACGCGAUACAGAGGCAAAAAAAAAUCCCGACUAUGUUAGUACACCCUGUCUUAACAUUGAUUUAGAAGGAAAACAAAUUGUUGUCAAAAAAAUUGAUACCACAACAAAUUGUGCCAGUUCGGAAUUUGCUUUAUCAGAAAAGAGAUGUGGAAAAAGCGGCACUAACAAUGACAUUUCCAUAGCCUUGGGUGAUAAAACCAUCAUAAUCAAGAAUCCCGGUGUCGCAGAUCAAUUAUGUUUUGAAACAAAAAACGGAAAGUGUACUUUGGAUUCUCAUGACUAUUCAGGAUCAAGUUUUAUGGACAAUGCAGCAUCCAGACACAUGAAUACCGCUAGACAACGUCAAAAGCCGCCAUGUAAACGAAGAUGUGGAUCACCAGCAACACAAAAGCGAAGCACACCACUCAAGUCAUGUUCUCUAAGGGAGGCAGCAUCAUAUGAACACUCUACAGGCAUUAAACCCUCAGUUUGCCAACCCACAGUAUGUGUUGCUUUUGAUUAUAUUCCUGAUAUUCAGGAACCUCCUCCAAGAGCAGUUAUUAAUAAAAGCUGCCCUCCAAUAAAACGUGCCCCACCCAAAAGUAAUGCUGGUUUCUGCCCAUGCACACAAAUCUCCAACGGUGCAAUGCCUUGCAGUAAACGGCCUGCUAGAAUAAACUCUCCAUCUACUUCUCCACAAUCAGGAAGUCCCAGAACCACUCCAUUGCGUCAGUGGAACGCACCACCAACCCAACAUCCAGCCGCGAAUUCGAAUCCCAGAUCAAAAAGUCCUAAUGGUUGCAAUCCAUCGAGUGAUGGAAGUCAAUGGGAUAGCCGUAAACCACCUAAUUCCUCCAAACAAACCGAUGAAAGUGGUGAGCCUUCAAAAAAGACAGCUCCAACACAGACAAACAAGGUUGACGAUGGCAAAGAUGGUGAUAGAGUAGAAAAGUGUACACAGUGUACUAAAAAAAGAGGAUUUUUUGCAAGAAUUUGUGAUAAAAUUAAGAGAAAGUGUGCUAAACUGAGUGCACAAAAUCAGACCGAUGAGGACACUGAUGAGGAUGAGGAUGAUGAUUGCGAUGCUGAUGAUGAUGACCGCAAUGGCGGUGAAGCGGAUGUGUCCAGGUGUAUGCGAGUAAACGAUACAACCUCCUGUUCUUUGCGGUACAAUGACACUCGCUCCUACAACUGUUCGGCAUGUUCUACAUCAAGGUGUGUUUCCAAUCAAAGUCAUUCCUUCAUGGAUAUUACUGACGACGGUACGACAAACUUUCAACCUCCCAUGCGUAGUUGCAACAACACAGCAAGCGAAACUACUUCCACAGAUCCAAGGAAUAAAAAGAUGCAAUCUUAUUUCAUUGAUUGUGAAACCUCUGUCACACAACCACAGGUAAAAAAAUACUUUUACCAAAAGACGAAUUUAGGUCUUUUGAAGAAAGAACUAACCUUUGGUCCACCUGGAGCGUUAUUUGGUUCAAACCACGCAAAUUUAAACGCAACUUACUUACCCAUGUUAGCAUCCAGUCACAGCACUGAUGACAGUCCUGAUCCAACAAAAAGUUCCAACAGAGGUGUUAAAAAGGACUGUGACAUGGAAGAUGAGAAAAGUCAAAAUAGUAACAACUUUCGCAGUAAAAUGAAUACAUUUGAUUGUUGUGCCAAGGCGGUGGGAAAGGAGGUGCCGAUGGUUGAAAUACAAAAAAAUGCAAGUUCACAGUGCUUUGGUCAAACUCCGAUAGCCCAUUUUGUGCAUGAGGCUACAAUAAAACCACCACAUCAAGGCACCACAUCAGCAAAAAAUGCAUCUGUUCGACUGAGGCGUUUGGAUAAACCAUUGUUUCAAACACUCAACAGACCACAUUACGAAGUUUUUGCCUUAUUCAAACGUCCUUUGAUCAAAAAUCCGUCAAAUGAUUCGAUGAUGUAUGGAUUGCAAAAAACAACAAAGUACUUGGAACCACGUUGGCCACUGACAUUAGGAAAGACAGGAACGGAUCCAGUGACAAUAAAAACGAAGCCUAUGGACACCUCGGGUCGAUGGGGUAGAAUAUACGCACCACAUAAAAAGACUUCCCAUGCCUUUACAAAUAUUUGUACUGGAGAAAAUUUGCAAGAAGUUGACAAUCGUAAAUUUAGUGCCACCAAAUCAACUGAUGAAAGUGCUAUGUUAAGUCAGCCCAACAAGAUAUGUGGAUAUGUUGAAAUUUGUCCUAUCGGUAAGCAAGCGGCUGUAUUAAAACCGCCUGUAAAGACUACAAGUGGAUUGGAUGUUCCUCUGUGUGCUAAAAGUUGGUCAAAGUCAAUGGUCACCUUUCCACCACCUUCUGUACGAUCCUCCUCAUUUAUAAUGUCGCAUGGAAAUACACUUUCGACUAAACCAGCCUUUCUUCCCAGAAAUAGCGCACCAUCAUUACAUACCCACCGAUCCCAUGGUCUGAUGCCGUCUAUAUGGCCAAAAGUCUCGCCUAACAGCGCAUAUGCAAACAGUUGUAGAUCGUCUUUUGAGUCAAAGCCGGUGAAUUUGGCGUAUGGAAGCAGUUGUGCCAAUUGUUCUAAAGUUGACAAUUAUUUAAUUAAGCCUCCAUAUCAGUGCAUUGGUUCUUCGGAAUGUAGGAGCAUACACAACAGACCCAUUGAAACGACAGAUAUGAAGACACCAAUAGCUCCAGAAAGCAAAAUGGAAUGUUCAAAUCUAUGGCAAAGAUCUGAGAGACCUUCAGCAACCAAAGUUUCCGGAACCCUCUUUCCUCCACGUGCUAUAAAUCCAUCACCAUUGCGAAGCUCAUCAAAUUCCUUUGGAUUUUCAAAGCCCCUUGAAGUUAUCACUGUCCAACCGAUUAAGCCGAUAUUGCAAACACCAACCAGUUCUCUAAUGUCAAACUGCACGUCAAAUCAGUGUCAGAAUGAUAAACUUCUGUCAAAUACAAGAAGUGGCAUAGUAUCACCCUCUCUACACUACAGAACAUCAGUUGUGACCAGUGGAUAUGAGGGCAAGAAGAGCAAAGACAUCAAGCCUUCAAUCGCCACAGGUGAGAAGAAGAACGAGGAGGAGAAGGAAAAAGAGGACGAGGAGGAGGAGGAGGAGGAGGAGAAAAAACGCCCUCAAUAUUCUUUCCAAGUAGAAGGAAGAAUAUUUCAGGUAAAGGUUGACAAAGAAGGUGUCUUCCAUGUGAAGGAGAUGAGAAAACCGCCUGAAAACUCCUCUUCUGUACCACAGUCAAGUGAUAAUGGUGAGAAAUUGAGGUCUGCUCCAAAUGCUCUCAACAGCGAUGAAUCGAAAAGAGAGAGCCAGUGCCAGGCUUCACCAAGCUCACAACCAGAACCUGAAGCCAGUGAGAAGUCUGUAGAAGUUAAUGAUGCCUCGAAUAGGGGAUCCACAUCUCGUUCAAAGAAUUCACCCAUUCAUGACCUCCUUAAGCGUUCCAUUAAAUCAUUGAGUGGAAAAAUUGCACGAAAGUUUUCUAAUCAUGCAAGUCAACAAGUGGGAAAUAGCCACACCAUGACAGAGGAGGAAAAGAGAUCGGGAAACAAUUGUGAAUGCUUUUUGCCACUCACAGUAUCAGAGGUGUCGUCGCGAACUGAUUCGAAGAUGUUUGGCUGCAGAACUUCGCCGACCAAUUGUCCUUCUAAUCAAAAUGGCCAUCAAACGAUACUCGAUCAUUGGGGAGAAAUACCUCGUAAAGACUCGUCAACAAAUAGUCAAUUGCUGAUUUGGGAUGUAAAUGUGGCUGUAGGAAGCAGUUAUGCUGACGACUCACCUCACAGCAGCAAGAAGAAACGAGUGCAUUCCACCGAGAUGUCAGAUGAAAUCAGCAAACCAAUCGCGUGUUGUCAUCACUCAAAUUACAAAUCUGGUGACUGUGUUGAAAAGAGCAGUAGUUGGAAUGAUGAAGAUGAUGGCAGGGGAGAAGAAUUUGACUCCUACCCCAAAACCAAGAAUUCAACCCUUUUCAACUAUGUCUGUCAAAUGGACAGCGAAACGUCCGUGGGAAUUUCGGCUUCUUUGAGUAUGGGAAAGCAUGAUUGUAUGGACACCAAUACCAAGCCCGUCACCCUGAAUCGCCACGUUAACCUCAUGAACAGUUUGGAGAGUGAGGAAGGAUCAACUUCUUCCUGUGUAGAAGUCCAAGAUUCCAUCACUAGAUCCAACUCAGUACCGCUUUGUCUAGGCCAACAAAUUUCACCAAAUCGAAGUACGUCUGAAGUGGAGUUGUCAAAUUCCGACACAGACAACAUCAUUGAAACGCCCUUCAAGGAGGACUGUUAUGAUCUGCAUAAAGGGGUAGAGGCACAAAUACAAGUUGAUUUCUCUAAUUGGAAUAAUACUGGUCAAGAGGAGAGUAGAAUCAACAUAAAAUCUGGUGUUUAUCAACAUGAAUCACCUAAUUUUUCCAACCAAAACAACUACUUCGGAUCUUGCCAUGAGCAACAACUUCAUCCACAGCUGACUACUCAGUGGUCACAGCAACUAGUGCCUCCCUUAAACAAUUCGCUUGUCUGUGGAGACGUCAAGACAACAGCUUCAGUGGGGAGUCGAAACGGCAAAGAAUGUGAAAGAAGUGUACCCAAGCUUCAAGUGGAGACUGGUAAAGACAAGUCAUCCCCCCUGAAGAAUGAUAAUAAUGACGAUGAUGCUACCAAGUCAGUAGAUAGGAGGAGCAGCAGUUCUGAAACUGAGGAUCCAUCACUCAUGAGUACAACAUUAACCCUCCUAUUGGAAGGACUUUGUGGCACCAGUGGAGGUACAAUGGACUCACGCAUAUCCUCCCCUCGAAGCGAACGUCGACGAGGCAACUCAAAAUGCAAAAAACAAUCCCAUUCUACAUCAAAGUCUUCAACUAUUGGACAAAAUAAAAGUGAAGGAAAGAGAAUUGAGAGCAGUUGUUCAAAAUUUAAGGAGAAUAAGGCAUACCUUCUUCGUAAAAGGCAGAAUUGCAAUCACACAAAUGUGAGAUGUGUGACCUGUUUGAAAAAACAACAAAAACAAUCUCUUGAUGAGCCUAAAAUGCAUUUCUUUGCUAAAGGCGUUUUAAAACAUCCAUUUCGAAAAGUGCACAGAAAAGACACGCGUUCGACGAAGGAUAGCAUCUUCAAGAAUCGUUUUAAAUAUUCACGCCGAUCUGAGGUCAGGCGACGACGCUCAGGUCAUGUAACAAAGCCUAGUGGAGAUCGCUGUUGUGGUAGUCUGAAAAGACGUUGGAGGUCUUCAAGUCGACCCAGAACACGGUCUCACACCUCCUGCCAUACCCGACUCGCCUCAUUUGGAACCGACACCGACGGACUUGGACCCAGUACCUCAACAGAGUGCUGUACAUUUAAAAUUGUUGAACCAUUGGAGGGUAUUGAACAACCCAUUUCCGACUUGACCAGCCGCAAACACAACCCAUUGAAUCAACAAAGCAAGGUAGUCAGACAGUGGUCAGAUCUUUGUGUAACUCCAAAAAGGGCGUCUGUUAAUCCAUGCAAUCAAAAACACUUCCCUUCUCUAACCUCUCCCAAACCAAGAAGUGUAAGCACAUCAAUGAAUGAAGAGGUGGAUGAAAACUGGGAGGCAGAAAACUUGGCCAUCUUAAGCAAUCCCAAUUUCACAUUCCCACAACUACAUGACGUCUCUCAUGCCUCUGAAGCAUUAUCACGGAAUUCCAGAGAUAGAACAGAGAAUCAAGACCUGACGGGAGAUUGUGUAGGGAAUAGGAACACUUUGAGUGUGAAAAUGAGGAGCACAUUGCCAAUUUGGGAUGUGAAGACCUCGACACCUCCUCUCCUGAUUGUACCUUCGUCUGAAUCCCAAUCCGACGAGUCAUCGUCCAUCGUCCCUUCACCUAUCACUUCGUUGAAUACGUCAGAAAUUGAAGUUUAG